CCAAACCCUGCCCUCGAAAGCGGCUGGAGGCGGAGCCUGUCGCCCCCGGGUUCAACGGGCGUCCCUAGGUGUUUGUCCUCCGUGCCCGGGGUAUGGCUCUCCCGGCUGAGGGAGGCCGCCUGUCGCAGUGAGACAUGAUCAAGGGCUCCGCGGGGUAGCGCGGCAGAGGAGGCCGGGACGGGGGGGGCCGAGCGUGCUAGCGCAGAGGCGCAGCGGGGGCCGCGAGCCGCUGAGCCCACGUCGGGGCAGUGAAGACCAUUGCUAGGAAGAAUUCCGAAUCAAUGAUGAACACAAUGAGCAUGAAGAUGGCUCAGAUCUUAAGACCACAUCUAAUGAGCGCUUCAUUGCCUCCUCGUGGGGUAAAAAUGCUUUCAGACCCUGCAUCUAGGAUGCUCUCCACCCAUAAAUCCAAGAAGAUGAUCAAGGAAUAUUACAGGCUGCUGAACCUAGAUGAGGGAUGCUCUGCAGACGAUGUCAGGGACUCUUUCCAUAAGCUUGCCAAGCAGUAUCACCCAGACAGCGGCUCUGAUAAGGCUGAUUCUGCAACAUUUAUAAAGAUCGAAGAAGCUUAUAGGAAUGUACUUUCCCAUGUCAUAGAACAAACACGUGCCCAAGAGAAGAAAGCUGAGGACACAGAGGAAGAAGAGAAAUUCAAAUAUAGAACACCUCAGCACCGGCAUUACUUAAGCUUCGAAGGCGUUGGCUCUGGGACGCCAAGUCAACGAGAGAAACAGUAUAGACAGUUUAGGGCAGACCGUGCCGCGGAGCAGGUGAUGGAAUACCAAAAGCAGAAACUCCAGAGGGAGCACUUUGCAAACAGCAUAACUGUCCAAGACGUAAGACAGAGCAAAGAACGAAAGAUAACUCAAGCCAUAGAGCGCCUGGUGGAGGACCUCAUUCAGGAGUCGAUGGCAAAAGGGGACUUCGACAACCUCAGCGGGAAAGGAAAGCCUCUGAAGAAGUUUUCUGGCUGUUCGUAUAUUGAUCCCAUGACUCACAACCUAAACAGAAUAUUGAUAGACAAUGGCUACCAACCAGAGUGGAUUCUGAUGCAGAAGGAAAUCAAGGACACCAUCGAACAACUUCGAGAAGCACUUUUAGUGUCUAGGAAGAGGCUUGGGAACCCGCUGUCACCUGGGGGCCAGAAACAGUGGAACCAAGUGUGUGAGCAGUUUCAAGAAGACAUCCGGAAGCUGAACAAGCGGAUCAGUGACUUCAACCUGAUCGUUCCCAUUCUAACCAGGCAGAAAGUCCAUUUUGAUGCCCAGAAAGAAGUGAUCAGAGUCCAGAAAAUGUAUGAGGCCUUCACAGAAGCAAAAGAAAUCACAGACAAAAACCCAGAUGACAUUAGCCAGGAAGAAGAGAAAACCCCCGGAGUCAAGACGGGCUUUCUAAACUGGGUGAAUCUGUGGAAAUUCAUUAAAAUUUGACCCUUUUGAUGUUCACGGUCAUUUGUUGCUCUGGUCAGUUUUGAGCUGCCCUGACACCAGAUGUAGAACCUGAUUGUUGUGCCUCAGGGACUUGAGAAUUGUGUGCCUUUGUAGUUCUCAGAGAACUAAUCAUACCCCUGGUGAUAGAUGAGAAAACCGCAAGAAACCAAGUCGAGAGAAAAUUCAGUCAGUAUUGCUAUAAGGAUGUAGCAAGAAAAAGAUCCUGCUAAAGGAAAGGUCAAUCCGUCAGGUGAGGGGUGGGACUGAGACUCAGACCUGUGACCCACACAGGGCAUUCCUGAAGCCUCGCUGCUCUUUGAAACUCUAGGGACCUAAAGGUUGUCAUUCCCCCCCAACCCCCAGUUUUUCUUUUUGGUUUUUCGAGACAGGGUUUCUCUGUGUAGCUUUGCUCCUUUCCUGGAGCUCACUCUGUAGCCCAGGCUGGCCUCAAACUCACAGAGAUCCACCUGCCUCUGCCUUCCGAGUGCUGGGAUUAAAAGUGUGAGCCACCACUGCCUGGCAAGGUUGACAUUUCUAAACAUAGGUAUUUAAACAACAAAACCAAAAGAUAUAUUUUUGAAACACAAAACUGAAGAAGAUGUAAGUUGUAAUGAGAUUUAACCAACUAAAGUCUCCAAAUGAAAUUUAAUAAUCUCAAGAAAAAAAAAGGGGGGGGGGAGCUGGAGAAACAGCUCCUGGAGGGUUAAGAGUGCUUGCUCCUUGUUGCUCUUGCAGAGGACCAGAGUUCAUUUCCCAGCACCCAUUUCAGGAGGCUCACACUUGCCUGGAACUCUAGCUGCAGGGAUCCAGUGCCCUCUUCAGGCCUCUGCUGGCACCUGCAUGUGUGUGCAUGGGCUCACGCACAAGCGCAUAUACACACACAUAAAUAAUAAAUUAAAAAUCUCCAGAUGACAGGUGCUUUUUGUAGUUUGCUACUGUGUAUCCUGAGCUUAUUCAAGCUCCAAACUGUUGGAGCAUCUGCUGGAUGGAGGAACACUGAAGGUCAGGAAAUAGCAUAUUGGGACUCUUGCACUUAGAAAGUCCUUCCCUGUGGGCACUGGACAAAGAAAACACUGAGCAAGUACGUGGGCUAACCUUUAGGAUCCAUUGGCUACAGAAGGUAAUCAGCUAAGCUAGUUGAUUAAAAAGUUCUAAGAAUAGGUUUCAAUGCUAAAGAGUCUGAAUAUAUUCUUGUAACUUUUAGAGGGGGCAGACGUCCCUAAGGUCAAUGCAAAGGUCAGGGUGCACGUCUAGUUUGUUCUCUGAUCACAAGUUGAAAUGCUAGGUUUCCACAAACUUUCCUUGAGCCCCACAGUGUCCUAAACCAGACUCCCCAGAGACUUUCAGCAACAUAAGAACCCCUCGUUACUGUCUUGGGGAUCCAACUUCCCAUCUUGGGGACCCUUUGAUAAUGAGGUAUCUGAAGUUUGUUCCUUGGCAUCUUUGGCAAGUGACAGACUGACAAGAUUGUUUAUUGUUCCUGUCUCCUUAGAAAACCUGGGGCUCUCGGGCUUGGCUAGUUGCUUUGAGCACAGUAUUGGGUACCUAGGAGGAUGCCCAGGCAGGUGGAGAGGAACCAGUCCAUCUCCAGAGAGCAGAGAGGUGGGAUUCAGAAGAAGAGCUCCCAAUGCUGAUUUGGGGCCAACAAAUGAUUCUGGAAAGAUUGUAAUGAUUAAAACAAAUCUACAUCCUCAGAAGGAAGAUGGGGCCUUUCUGCUUCAAUGAUCGGCCACUAGUUGGCACAAUAUGUGAUUUUUUUUUUCUUUUAGUUGGAGUUAUUUGGCUUCUAAGGUGAUAGUUUUAUAUAUAUAUAUAUAUUACUAUAAAUGAAAUUGUCAACAACAUGAAAUAUGGCUCUGUGAUAAGAGCUGUGGUUCCAGAUUUUUUGUUUUGUUUUGUUUUUCGAUACAGGGUUUCUCUGUGUAGUUUUGGUGCCUGUCCUGGAUCUCACUCUGCAGACCAGGCUGGCCUGGAACUCACAGAGAUCCUCUUGGCUCUGCCUCCUGAAUGCUGGGAUUAAAGGCGUGCACCACCACUGCCCGGCCUGGUUCCAGAAUAUUUUAGAAGCCUGUUUUUCUGUGACUCUUGUUAAAAAAUUGAGUUUGGAGUAAACAUGAAUGAAAUAAUUUUCAGCAUUGCCCAUGAGAAAGUGAAGUUACAAGAAAACUAUCCUAGCACCAUUCACUUUGUUUGCCAAUGUCUGUGUUAAUAAAGUUACAUUAAUGAUCA